AUGGAAGGUCUAAUUCCAUUGGUGUACAAGAGCAUCAAAAGGAACAAAACUCUUCGAAAAUACGAAUCCCUCUCCUCUGCAGGCGCUAACAGCUAUAACAUUGAAGACUUUUAUCCAAAUGAAAGUUACCUCGUGGCGGCUGAUGGUGGCGGUGCAGAGAAUUACCGGCACCGGCGGACUCAGUCAUUUCACGUCAAAUACGACGGCGGAUUGAACAGUGUUUCUACUCCUAAGGAUAAACAACUUGUGAGGUUCACAAGUCACAGAAUGUUCUCAUGUGUAACUGGUGGUGUAUGA